GUUCUGGUGACUCCCUUGAUAGCAGGAUAAGAGGAUCACGCUCAGGGCUAGUUCUGAGAAAAUGGCGACAAUACCAUCAACCACUGAAGAGGGCCUGGAGUUCCCAAACUUUGAUGGUAAAGACAGAGUGCUGGACAUCAAUGAGCGCAACUACAAGAAGGCUCUGAGGAGAUUUGAUCUCCUGUGCCUCUUCUACCACGAGCCCGUACCCAGCCACAAGGGCCUGCAGAAGCGUUUUCAGAUGACAGAGCUGGUGCUGGAGCUCACAGCUCAGGUCCUGGAAAAUAAAGACAUUGGUUUUGGGAUGGUGGAUGCUCAAAGGGAUUUCAAAGUGGCGCAAAAACUAGGGCUGGUAGAAGUGGGCAGCCUGUAUGUUUUCAAAGACGAUCGAAUAAUUGAGUUUGAUGGUGAGCUCUCCGCAGACACCUUAGUGGAGUUUUUGUUAGAUGUGCUGGAGGACCCCGUAGAAAUGAUCAAUAACGCCAUGGAGAUAAGAGCCUUUGAGAGAAUGGAAGAAGAUAUCCGUCUAAUCGGCUAUUUCAAAGGAGAAGAUUCAUAUUUCAAAGCAUUCAAAGAAGCCUCUGAGCAUUUCCAACCGUACAUCAAGUUCUUCGCAACAUUUGACAAAUCUGUGGCCAAACAUCUCUCCCUCAAGAUGAACGAGGUGAAUUUCUAUGAGCCCUUCAUGGAGGAGCCCGCCAUUCUGCCUGGACGACCGCUCACGGAAAUGGACAUAGUGGAGUUUGUCACCCAACACAGAAGGGCUACCUUGAGGAAACUGCGGGCUGAGAAUAUGUUUGAGACUUGGGAGGAUGACAUGGACGGAGUACAUAUAGUUGCCUUUGCAGAAGAGGAAGAUCCAGAUGGUUAUGAGUUUUUGGAGAUUUUGAAGGACGUGGCCAGAGACAACACAAACAACCUUGAGCUGAGCAUCGUUUGGAUUGACCCUGAUGACUUUCCGCUGUUGACUACUUACUGGGAGAAAACCUUCAAUUUAGACCUCUUCAGACCACAGAUUGGAGUGGUCAACGUCACAGAUGCGGACAGUGUGUGGUUAGACAUGUCCAAUGAUGAGGACCUCCCCACGGCGGAGGAGCUGGAGGAUUGGAUCGAGGAUGUCCUGAGUGGGAGGGUGAACACUGAGGCUGAUGAUGGCGGUUUUGGAGAUGAUGAAGAGGAGGAAGAACAUCAGGGCUACGACACAGAGGAGGACAGUGAGGAGGGGCAGGAUCAAUAUGAAGAAGAUUCAGAUUAAACAGAAUGGGAUAGGAGCAGUAGUAUAGAUGGUAAAAGAAGUCAAGUUUAAAGGCAAGAGUGGUAUUUUUUUUUAUGGGUCAAAUAGCAAUCAGCCAAAAGCAAUAAGACACAGAGGGUCCUUAAAUCAGUACUGGAUGGCCUGUAAGUUAAUAUGGAUUACAAUAGAAAUGUUUGGAGAGUCAAAGGGCCCAUAUUAUGCAAACCAUAUUAUGCAAACAUACCUGGAGCUGUGUUUUGUUUCCUUCACAAAUAUUUAACAUACACACCCUGCAUAUUUAGGCUUUAGGAGCUCUUCUCUCAAACUGAAAACACUCUGUUCCACCUUGUGAUGUCAUGUGGUAAAGCAAGAAGUUGUUCAUUGUGUUAUUAAACUCCAUACACCUUUUUUAAAGAGUCAUCUGGAUAUUUUCAACCCUGGAACUGUUUAUCUCUAUCUGAAUAAAAGAUAAAAAGUAGAUGUUAACUUAACUACUUCAUGACAUCACAAGGUGGAACAGAACAUGUUAAGUUUUAGCAAUGUACACUAAUAAUAAAUGGUUACAAGUGAAUGUGUGUGUAUGAAUGAAAUCGCGUUAUACAUUGCAAAAAUAACCUAUAUUCGUGAAUAUGCAAGACUGUUUUCAUUGUGAAACCAAAAUUUAAAAGUGCACUAUGUAAC